AUGAAAUGGAAACGACAGACCCUGGUCUCCGGGGACACUUCGGAGGAGGAUAUCGGGCACAGUUACUUGGGCACCUUGAUGUAUGGUCGCUAUCAACGCGACCUAAGUGAAGCCGCCAGAGAAGAAGCGAGACGACUCAGAAGACUUAGAAAAAGAAGACUAAAAGACGACAAGCUCCGGCAGAAGGAACUUGAAGCAACAGGCAAGCACAGACCGAGGGGGAAAGUAUUCAAAGUAUUAGGUUACGUAUGGUGGCACACGUUCGCGCGGCUGGGCGAGGACUGGAUCUUCCUGGCGCUGCUCGGGAUCAUCAUGGCAGUGCUCAACUUCGCCAUGGACAGAGGCAUCGCGGUCUGCAAUAACGCUCGAAUGUGGAUGUACCGGGACUUGGCCACCUCCACUUUCAGUCAGUACGUAGCAUGGGUUUCGCUGCCCGUUUGCCUUAUUCUUUUCGCCGCUGGAUUUGUUCAUAUUGUCGCCGCGCAGAGUAUAGGGUCCGGCAUACCGGAAAUGAAGACAAUUCUCCGUGGUGUACACUUGAAGGAGUACCUGACAUUCAGAGCUCUUAUAUCCAAAGUGAUUGGACUCACCGCAACCCUGGGCUCUGGUCUACCUCUGGGUAAAGAGGGUCCAUCGGUUCAUAUCGCAUCGAUGGUAGGUGCGCUGCUGUCGCGCUGCGUGUCGCGUCUGCAACGCGCCUACAGCAACGAGUCGCGCACCAGCGACAUGCUGGCCGCCGCCUGCGCGGUGGGCGUCGCCUCCUGCUUCGCCGCACCAGUCGGAGGUGUGUUAUUCUCAAUCGAAGUAACGACUACGUAUUUCGCUGUCAGAAACUAUUGGCGGGGUUUCUUCGCUGCUUGUUGCAGCGCCAUUAUGUUCCGCUUGCUGUCGGUGUGGUCGGGCGCGCUGCCAACUGUGAAGCCGCUGUUCCCCACCAACCUGCCACAAGACUUCCCCUUCGACCCACAGGAGUUCGCCGUCUUCGUGCUGCUCGGGAUCAUUUGCGGUCUAUUAGCUGCUCUGUGGGUGUUCCUGCACCGUCAGUACGUGCUGUUCAUGAGAAACACAAAGACUCUUAGCAACUUCCUGCAGAAAAACCGCUUCAUCUACCCCGGGUUUAUGACGCUGGCGGUGAUGUCGGUGCUGUUCCCACCCGGCAUCGGCAGGUUCAUGGCCGCAGAUCUUGGCAACCAGGAACAGGUGUUGUCCCUGUUCGCUAACUUCACGUGGUCGGACGAGCUGACAGCUGAGCAGGCGUCCAUUGUAUCGCAUUGGCAGACCCCAGAAGUGGACCUUUAUGGAUGUCUCGUCAUCUACUUCUUCUCUAUCUUCUUCCUGAGCAUGGUGUCGUGUACGCUGCCCGUGCCGGCGGGGAUCUUCGUGCCCGCGUUCAAGAUGGGGGCUUCCCUUGGCCGCUUCACCGGAGAAGUGAUGCACUACUUCUGCCCUCUGGGAGUCGCGUACGGGGGUCACAUCCAGAAGAUACUGCCUGGUGGAUACGCGACGGUGGGUGCUGCUGCCUUCACCGGGGCGGUCACUCAUACUGUUUCCACAAUUGUCAUCGUCAGCGAAAUGACUGGACAGGUGACACACAUCCUGCCGGUGAUGGCGGCCGUGCUGGCGGCCAACGCCACGGCGUCGCUGCUGCAGCCCUCCUGCUUCGACAGCAUCAUUCUCAUCAAGAAGCUGCCAUACCUGCCGGACUUGCUCUCCUCUGCCAGCCGUAUGUAUGAUAUUUGCGUGGAGGACUUCAUGGUGCGCGACGUGAAGUACAUCUGGAACAGGAUGACCUUCCAACAGCUUAAAGAUGUACUUAAGGCGAAUAAGACGAUCAAGAGCUUCCCGCUGGUGGACAGUCCGUCGUCGAUGGUGCUGCUGGGGUCCAUCCACCGCUGGGAGCUGGUGAAGGUGAUCGAGCGCGCCGUGGGCCGCGAGCGCCGCCUGCAGGUGGCGGCGCAGUGGCGCGAGCAGGAGCGCCGCCGCCACGAGGAGGCCAAGAGACUGCGCAGGCCUUCACGCUUCGAGGUGACCCCUGCACCGGACAUGCUUCAAGUGCCAGGCACUGGCAUGACGAGGGGUUCCUCACUCACCACGAAGGAUCAGGGUGGUUUGAUACCAGCGCCCGGGCAGCUGUUCCGGCCGAAGUCGAUCCUGAAGAAGACGAACUCGUUCACUCUGGGCCGCGGGCUGGCGGCCGCCUCGCCGCAGCCCUCCGUCUACUCCACCGUCACCGGCGCCGAGACCAGAAUCCGCGCAGCGUUCGAAGCCAUUUUCAAGAGGUCCACCUUGCUGCAAGACGUGGAGGGAGGUCUACCGGACCAAAUCAACACGGGCGUCCCGCGUAGUCCGUCCAUCAACAAGAAAGUGCAACUGCCACGCGAACGCGUCUGCGACAUGUCUCCCGAAGACCAGAAAGCUUGGGAACAGCUAGAGAUGGCCAAAGAGAUCGACUUUGACAGGAUGCUGCAGAUUGCGAGGAAGAGGGAUAUGCAUCCAGAUGAUUUCGAUUACGAGGACGAGAACCUGUACAUCUGCCACAUCGACCCUGCACCGUUCCAGCUGGUCGAGAGGACUUCGUUACUUAAAGUUCAUUCGUUGUUCUCGACGUUGGGCGUGACUCGAGCGUAUGUGACGGCGAUAGGUCGUCUAAUUGGAGUGGUCUCAUUAAAAGAGCUGCGUAAGGCCAUCGAGGACGUGAACUCUGGCGCGCUGACGGUGAUGAACCGGCCAUCGCCGCCCGGCACGCCGCCGCCGCCCAUCAUCAAGGUGAGCGUGUCGGAGCCCGCGCCGCCCAGCGACAGCGAGACCGCACACCUCACCACCAAGUGA